CGCUCAGACGUGUGUCAUGCGCAGUAGCAGAGUCGUGUGUGCAGCGUGAAGGUUAAUACCGAGUACCUGGAGUUUCUACAGUCCUGUUACACGGAUAACUUUUUAUUAGAAUAUAUAUUCGGUGUUCGUAGUACUGUCGAGUACUGAGUGAUACUCAGCCAUGGCUGGUCCGAGCACGUACGCCCUCCGUAUGGCCAGGCUGAGUGCACAGAUCUUCAGUGAAGUGGCCCGCCCCACGGACGCCAAAUCCUUAAAGGUGGUCCAGCUGUUCAAGGAAACUCCCCUGGCGAAGAGGAAGGAGGUUUAUGACUGGUACCCACAACACAACAUUUACUACGCCAUGACCCAGAAGCUCCGGUUUCUGGGACUGUUCAGGGAUGAACAUGAGGAUUUCAAAGAUGAAAUGUGGCGCCUGAGAAAACUGAGAGGAAAAGGGCGACCAAAGAAAGGCGAGGGGAAGAGAGCGACCAAGAGGAAGUGACGGACUCUGAUAUCAAAUGUGUUUAUUAUUCUGUAUCGACAACAUUCUGGGACACAUCUCUUGGUUGAAUUAGUUUUUUUUUUCAGGUCGACAGAUGAGGCUAAUUGUUGCUUCUAAAUAUUGAACAGCUAUUACACUUCAGCCAUUUUGACGGAUCAGGUCGACCAGGUGUUAAUAGUUAACUGUAUGUGCGUGUGUAACUGUUCUCACCAGAAAAAAGUGUAAUAUUUCAAUUAAAGUUUGUUGCUAUUUGCCCGAA